CCUACCUCGUGCGUGUCAACGACGCUCAUCAAAGGGGAACCUCAUCAUCCAGCGUAUCUGAUCCGUCAUGGUCUUCUGCGGCGCCGACUUCCAAGUGUCCAAGGCCCCCGUGGCCCCCGUGGCGCUGCAGGUCGCGGCCAAGAAGACGGUGAACGACGCGGCCAAGAAGACGUCGAGCCUGCGCGAGUUCGCGGCCGAGCUGCAGCGCCGCCUGGAGCCGGCCAUGGGCUCGGGCUGGCACGUGCUCGUCGGGGGGGACUUUGCCGUGGAUCUACGCUACCGCAAGGGUGCGUGCGUGCUGCUGUUCAGCAAGGCCAGCAAGAUGAAGGUGCUGCUGUACCGCACGACGCCGGCCGUGGGCGCCAAGCCCAAGCAGGAGCACGAGGCUCUGGUCGAAGACAGCGAGGAGCUCAACGCCAAGAGGAAGAUCGUGGUGUUCGAGAGUGACAUGGAGGAGGAAAUGAAGACGGCGGUGGUUGACAAGGCCAAGAAGCUCUACAACUACUACGAAGGCGUGCAAGACAGCGAGACCAAGAUCGCCCAGGCGUUGAAGGUGGGUCGCAAUAUUAAUUUUGAGGUGCUGAGCUGGAUAUCGGGUACUAACGUGAGUUCACUGCUGCAGCACUCGUUGACGUUCGCCUACGGCCCGACGUGGCAGGUUGUGGUGUCCUCUUCGCGGGAGUUGUGCUGCCUGCCGAUCGCUGACGAGGGCACUCACGCCGACUUUACGGUCACGAAGCUGCGCGUGGUAGUGUAUCGCCACGCUGGAACGAGUUUGGACCGGCACCUGGACUCGGUGCAGUUCGGCAAGCGCGUGGCUUUCGUACUGGCCACGAUCUGCCUGCUUCUCUACGGGUUCUUGUCGCUCAACUCGUCCGAGGUGCUUCAGAAAUGCAAGGGAAGCGCGGCGGUGGCUAGUGACAGUAUCCCGAUGGACGGCGUCGUGCUGCCUGAAGGCUGCUCGGCUGAGGACGUGAAGCGAGCGAACGACCACGCGUGGUGGAAAACGGCUGCGAUUUUGGGCAUGUCGGCCUUUACUAUGCUGGCGUCGCUCAUCCGCAUGUACAGCAAGUCGCUGACCCCGAAGCUUAAACGCGCGUAG